AUGGCCCUGGAUGGCAUCAAAACGGAACGGGCCAAACACAGCGCCAAAUUCGUCACCGAUCGGCGCGACGUGCACCUCCCUCGAGAACGACCAACAACCAAGCAGCGAUACGCCUCGUUUGACCGGAAAGUCGGCGGGAUUCGACCGGUCUUCGCCGGCCAAAAAAGCGCACUAGGUUCGUCAGAUCCAAGCGGGACUCCGCUGUGGUCCUUCGAGCGACCGCAGCUCCCGCGCGAGACGAAGAAGAAAAACAGUAUCUUCACCGCCACGAAGCGCAACAACGUUCUCGCCGUCCCCACCAAGCAGUUGAAUAACCGCGCCUCCCAGGUCAAGCAAGCGCCGCGCUCUCUGUUGGAGGAGCAUAUACGGCCCCCGCCUGUGCCUACUUCCCGGCGCAAAGAGCCUGUUGUCGCAGGCACCCCAUCGCUGCGAGUGCCCGGCCGAUCACGGAUGCAGAGCGGUACCGGAGGCAGGAUACAAAGUCCUGUCGUUACGCCCUCGCUACAUGAAAGGGAAGCAAGGCUGCGCGCGCUGACUUCUGGCCAGCGGUCCAGUUCACAUUCGUCGGCCUCCCCCGCUGCAUCUAUUUCUCCAUCACGGGGGUCGUCAGCCGCUGCCAGUCCUGGUUUGGCAGCAACCCUGCCAGUGAACGAAUCACGGUCAAAGAUUCGGGCUCAACCAUCGCCCGCUGGAUUUCCGACGUCUUCCCAGGGGAAUGCGAACUCGGAUGGCGACAGCUCCAAAGCAUCACCACAACCACCACGUGUUAUGAACAUGCGAAAAAGACCAGCUCCUAGCGUUUUUAUGCCGCCGAAGAAGAAGAAGCCGGCGUGA